AUGGCGGAUGUGAAUGAGAAUGGUGCAGCUGUUUGCAGGGAGCCUUCAUGGAGAGGAAGCAAUCGCAUUGUCUCUCUGGAUAGAAAAGAGCCUGUAUCUACCCAUGAGCACCACUUCACGCCCAAGAAAAAGGAAGCAGGAUGGAGAAAAUUUUUGGCAUACGUUGGGCCUGGUUUCCUUGUCUCACUGGCCUAUCUUGAUCCCGGCAACUUAGAGACGGACCUUCAAGCAGGAGCGAGUCACAAGUACGAGCUGCUAUGGGUGGUGCUUAUUGGGCUUAUCUUUAUUCUCAUAAUUCAGUCACUUGCAGCAAACCUGGGAGUCACUAAAGGAAAGCAUUUGGCAGAGCACUGCAGGACAGAGUAUCCAAAGAUUGUGAAUUACUGCCUUUGGUUACUAGCUGAAGUGGCUGUGAUCGCAGCUGACAUACCCGAAGUCAUAGGCACGGCGGCCGCUCUCCAAAUCCUCUUCCAUAUUCCAAUAUGGGCCGGAGUUCUCAUCACUGGUCUCAACACGUUCCUCCUCCUCGGCCUGCAAAGAUAUGGGGUUCGAAAGCUGGAACUUUUGCUGGCUACCAUGGUGUUUCUAAUGGCUGCUUCUUACAUUGCGGAGUUGGCCUAUGCAAAGCCAAAGGUAUCACAAGUAUUCACGGGCAUGUUCAUUCCUAAGCUUAGCGGUAAUGGGGCUACCGGUGCUGCCAUUGCUCUCAUUGGGGCUCUCCUCUCGCCGCAUAAUUUGUUUUUGCACUCAGCGCUUGUCUUAUCGAGGAAGGUGCCCCAGUCUGUUCAUAAGAUAAAUAGUGCACGCAAAUACAUCUUCGUAGAGACUGGAUUUCCACUUUUCCUGGCAUUUCUAAUCAAUGUGUCGGUGGUAUCGGUAUCGGGUACAGUGUGCUCAAGGCAGCACAUCUCCGAUGAGGAUGCAGAUAGAUGCAACAACCUCGAUCUCAGCUCCGCCUCCUUCUUGCUCAAGAAUGUUCUAGGUAGAUCCAGUUCUACAGUGUAUGCAAUUGCUUUACUAGCCUCAGGGCAGAGCUCUACGGUAACCGGAACUUAUGCUGGUCAAUUUAUUAUGCAGGGAUUCUUGGAACUUCGAAUGAAGAAGUGGAUGAGAAAUCUGAUGACAAGGUGCAUUGCCAUUGCCCCAAGUUUAGCGGUAUCCAUUAUUGGUGGAUCCUCAGGUGCCGGCAAGCUUAUUAUAAUCGCUUCGAUGAUACUAUCUUUUGAGCUGCCAUUUUCUCUCGUCCCUCUGCUCAAGUUCAGCUGCGGCCCAACAAAAAUGGGUCCCUACAAGAAUUCCAUCUAUAUUGUCAUCGUCACAUGGAUCGUAGGGUUUUGCAUAAUUGGAAUUAAUGUUUAUUUCCUAAGCACGGGCUUUGUCCAUUGGUUAAUCCACAACCACUUGCCCAAGUUUGCAUCAGUUUUAAUAGGCAUCAUAGUCCUUCCUCUAAUGGCUGCCUAUGUUAUAGCAGUCAUCUACCUAACCCUAAGAAAGAACAGGGUGGUCACUUUUGUAGAUGCCCAAGAAACCCUAGACCAAAGCCAUUUGGAGAAAGGUGAAGAAGGCAAGAAAGAAGAAGAAGAGAAAGAUAUCCCCUAUAGAGAGGACCUUGCAGAUAUUCCAUUCCCUGAGUAG